GUGGCAAUGCUGUGUCUUGAGUGAGGGAGCCCGGAUGUUAUAUGGCGUCUGGCCUUUUUGGAAACACUUAAACUUAAAUUUCGUAAACUCGUUUCGUAGAAGAAAGAGCUGUUUCAGCUCUAAAUCUAAUCUCUUGUAGAUCAUUGCAUUGAUGGUAAUGCAUGCUAGAAAACUACCAAGACUGGAUGAUGGGUAUUUCGAUAAACAUCAGUCCCACCCUUACCAGGCUAGUACCAAGUAUAGUAAUUCCAAAGGAAACUAUGAUCGAUACAAUGAUCGAACACGCGACUCGCCCAACGGGACAGGGCUACGUUCUGAUAGCCCCAACUCUUUUGGUGAUAGCCCCAGAGACAGAAGCUAUGUGCACAAAGGAUCUUAUACGCAACGGAUACGGGAUAAGGAAAGAGACAGAGACAAUCGGUCUCCUCGUGAAAGAGAGCGACCAAGAGACUCAGAUAGACGCAAUAACCACGAUCGAGGAUCCACAGAAGAAAAGCCUCAACGAGUCGGUGAUUGGACAGAACACGUCAGCUCGUCGGGAAAGAAAUAUUACUACAAUUGUAAAACGGAAGUCUCUCAGUGGGAGAAACCUCGCGACUGGGUUGAUUGGGAGAAGGAAAAGGAACAUGAGCGCGACAGAGAGCGCUACAGACGUGAUAGGGAUCGUGAUCGCGAACGAAAGUACGACCGGCAAUCCUAUUCGUCGUCUCGUAACAGUAGUAGUGGUCCGUCUGAAAGACAUUCCAAUUUUAGUCGUUCUGGUACUAUGUCGAAUAGUAACAACAAUAGCAGUGGCAGUAGUAGCAAUGUGGCAUCAUCUCGUUCAACGGAGAAUCGAGAUAAUCAUAGAACUCAUCAGCCUCCGCCAUCGGUGCCGGAACAGCCGCAGUCCAGAAGACACAGCUACGAACGACCUAGCCAAGAUAUGGACAUUUCCCCGGCGGAUAGCACGCCGACUUCCGAGGCCUCCGGACCAAAAGUCGCCACACCUUACACGCCUGACCCACGGUUAACUCCGACCGCUGGUUCUGCUGCGCCUGUUUCAUUAGCUACUGCUCUGCCACGUCUACUGUCUCAUCCACCGACCAGCACUCCAAUUCAACUCAUAAGACCCUCCUCUCAAACUCCGAAUGCCUCGACAAGUCGGGCUCCUAGUUUGAUGUCGCCGUUACAGGCUGGCUCCUCCAUGCCGACGACGACGUCAACUGCUACAACGACCAGUCUAUCAUCCCUCCAACAGCUUUUAACCCAGUUAACUCGAUCAUCUGUCUCAGGAACUGCCAUCAAUCCUGCGAUACAGUCUAUGCUUACGGCUACUCUCGGAAGAAUGGGGAAUAUCACUGCUCUAGGUUCGCUACAAAAUUUGGAACACAUGGAGCUUCCAGCACACGAAGUCUUGCAGUCCUUGCAGACGCUGCUCUCUUCUUCACAGAUUGCUGUUCCCGCCUCGAAUGUGGCGACACUACCAAAGAACAUGAAUUCGUUAGGAGUAUCUUCUUCACACUUAACGGACGGUUGCCAUGGUCUUUCCGCUCCGACGCCCCUGGAAGGUGAUCCUGCCAACGGACCUCCUACGCCAACUCAUUCGGAAAGACUUGAAGCAGAUUUUCGUCGAGGUAAUUCGACUAUCCGAUCCGACCUUGUUUGGAGCCCAGCGACAAGUUUAAGUUCCCUCUCGGCAGCAGCGGCAAGUUUACGGCCAUCUGCUGCAUCCAGCCAUGCUUUAACACCUUCACUAGCCUCCCAUUAUAGGCCGGAUUUGAUUUCUCACGUGACCGGAUGGCCCGCGGAGCUGUUAGAAAAACAGGCGACGAAAGUGAGCGAAGAUCUACACACCAUUGGCAAUCUUCAUGUAACUAAAGUAUCGGCUGAACUGAAGAUGGCGCGGUCUUUGGUCCGAGUAGCUGAUAUUCAAGCCACUCUGCAGGAGCAACGGAUUCUCUUCUUAAGACAACAGAUGAAGGAGCUGGAGGAAUUAAAGCCGCCCAAUCAUUUUAUGUCGGACUAAAUUUUUUCUCUGCUGGAGGAAAAAAUAGCUAGCUCGAUUUUCUUUCGUCUUAAAACCAGAAUAAUAUUUUUUUUUUUUACUCUCGCGGAACCGUUUUGUAUUUCCUCGGUGAAAUCUGUUUUCUCUUUCUAUCGAUUCUUUCGGGGCGAAGUAACACAUCAAAAGCCGGCCAUUGCAGGCACGUGUGUGCUGCGUUGAAUGGAUUGCGACUCAGAAGGAUGUUGGUAUCUCAUCAGUAAGAUAACAAAAGACGAGCCUGUCAGUGACAGAAGCUGUAUUUAUUCUCAUGUAAUUCUGUAGUUUCUACUGGUCGGGUCCGUAAACAAAAACACAAAAAAAAAAGAUUUAAUUGCCAAUUUUUCCAUUCGCUCCGAAUUAGUUUUGUUUUCUUGGCCUACUCCCUCGUUUGUAUUGUUUCCCACCCGAUUUCUUUCUUUUUUUGUCCGUGACGCAGUUUAUAAUUUUCCUCCCUUUUUCUGUAUAAAAUUUUCGCCCUUCCUGGAGAAAAAAACAUAUUUCGUCCGCUUA